AUGCCUCCAUCCUCUCGGUCCUCUUCGGAGGCCCUGCAGAGGCCAGCGUCCUGGCUACGCUGCCCUCAUCGUCGCCCCUCCUCUUCAUCCUCAUCUCCAUCCUCAUCUCCAUCCUCAUCUCCAUCCUCAUCUCGGCAGUCGCUGUUGCUGCUGUUGCUGCUGUUCCUGCUCCCCUUCUCCCUCUCAGCAGCUGCACAGGCCACCCUGCACACAGCCUGCUUGGUCGUGCCGUCAAACGCGUCCCAGGAUCUGCCCACGGCCAACUUCACCCUGGAACGUGGCCAGGCUUCUGCCCCAUCGGAGAUCCAGCUCGCGCCUCUGACGCAGCAUUUGCUCUCUCUGAAUAAUAGCGACCUUCAGGGGGGUUUCAUCAUCAAAGGGCAGCUGGUGCAUGUCGACUCUACGAAUUCCUUUGCUGCGGGCACCGGCUCCAUCGCCUUGGUGAGCUGUGACGCGGCCGACUACCAGGGCAACUUGAAUGCAAGCCAAACCCUGACGAACAUCCUCACCUCGACUUCCAUCCCGACGGCCAUUAUCCUGUACAGCACCCGCUCCGACCACUGCCACUACACGGCUUACUCCCCUCCUGCUUCCCGCUACAACGACAUCUUUACCAUCUGGAAACCAUCCGUGGCGACUAUCCUCCUCGAUCAGCUGGCCGCAGGCAAACCCCCAUCCGUAAGCAUUGUCAGCGACAUGUCCAUGGUCGACAAUAGCCCCGGUGGUCCCGGGCCAGGAACCACUCCCUCAGGGGGAGGAGGUCCUAAUACUGCCAUGGUGAUCCUGUACAGCAUCACAGGCAUCAUAACCGCCCUGUUCCUGGGGAUCAUCAUUACCGGAGCCGUGCGUGCCCAUCGCCACCCAGAGCGCUAUGGGCCCCGGCGCGCCGUGGGCCGAACCCGGCAGAGUCGAGCGAAAGGCAUCGCAAGAGCCAUGCUGGAUACGAUUCCCAUCGUCAAAUUUGGCGAUGUGCCCGGGGAUCAUCAUGCCGAUACCGGCAAGGGAGAUAUCGAGUUGGGCCCAGACGGCGAUGAUGAACCGAGAGCCGGUAAAUCGGGGGAACACGUGGAAACGAACGAGGCGAGUGGCAAGGACCUGCGGACGAAGCAGAGUGAUGCGGGAAAGGAGGGGACGUCAGACGCCCCAAAAAGUGCGCCACCCGAACAUACCCACGAAACGGGCAACAACGUGUGCCCGAUCUGUACCGAUGAUUUUGUCAAGGGUCAGGACAUCCGACUUCUUCCAUGCAACCACCAAUUCCAUCCAGAGUGUAUCGAUCCAUGGCUGGUGAACGUGUCAGGAACAUGUCCUUUGUGCCGCAUCGACCUCCAUCCCGCCGCCCCCGUGGACGAAGAGGGCGAAACAAGCAGCGACAAUGGUGCUGGGAGAGGGCAGGAAUCGGCGUCUGCAUCUACCCGUGAAGCAAGCCAGAUCCGGCAACACCGCGGUCUCGCGGCUUAUCUGCAAGAGACGUUGAACGUCCGACGGAUGCUCGACGCCAGCCCCGAAGAGCGACUGGAAGCGCUCCGGAACGUGCGGCACAUCAGCCGCGGACAGAGUCACGGCGAAGAGAAUGCGGAAGAGCGACGCCGACAUGGAAUCCGAUUGGCAUCCCGACUUCGAGAUCGAUUCCGGAUCCGAACGAGACGGCACGGGGAUCCGGACACUCAAGGGCAAUGA